AUGGGCCCUUCCUCUCCCUCUGCGCGGGAGGACCUCCGCGGGGAAGCCCCUCCCCCCCCGCUUUCCAGCCUCGACGACGCCAAACCCGCCGCGUACGACGAGCGGCUGCGCGUGAAUCUCGCCUCGAUCGACACCGGCAGCGGGAAGGACGGCGAGCCCGCCGCCGUCGCGCCGGUUUCCCGCCGUGGAUGGGGACGACUCGCGCAGGCGUACGCCACGGUGGUCCCCCCUGGCGGCCUCGCGGCCUCCUGCCUCAACCUCGUCUCCGCGAUCCUCGGGGCGGGGGUGGUGGCGAUUCCCGCUGCGUUUAAACUCAGCGGCGUCGUCAUGGCGCUGCUGCACCUCGCGCUCGUCGCGGUCGCGACGGUUUUCGCGAUGCGGCUGCUCGCGCGGGUGAUGCUGCGGACGGGCGCGCGAAGCUACGCCGAGACGGCGGCGCGGCUGCUCGGCCCCUCCGCCGCUCAUCUCGUGGCGGUGUUGAUUAUUUUGCUUUGUUUUGGAGGAUCCGUUUCGUACGUGAUCGCGGUGCAGACGCUGAUGCGGCCGAUUUUGACGCGUCCAGGGUCCCCGACAUGGCUCGCCAGCCACGCCGGGAAUCGCACGAUGACGGCGUUGCUUUGGCUGCUCUUUAUGGUGCCGUUGACGAUUCCAAAGCGGAUUAACUCCCUGCGCUACGUUUCCCUUCUCGGGGUGAUGGUGAUUGUGUACUUUGUUGGCGUCAUGGUCGUCCACGCCGCCACGCACGGCCUGCGGGAUCCCACCAUCCGCGAGGAGAUCGCCUUCGUGCGCACCGGGAACGCCGCGUUGGAGGGGCUCGGGGUCUUUCUCUUCGCGUUUCUUUGCCAGAUCAACGCGUUUGAGGUCUUCCACGAGACGGCCGCCCCGACGGUGUCGAACUUCACCCUCUAUUCGGCCCUUUCCGUCGGUUUUUGCACGAUUCUCUACGUCUUCGCCGGGGUCUUUGGCUACCUGGACUUCGGCAGCGGCGUUACGGGCUCCGUCCUGGAGCUUUACGACCCCGUCCACGACCCCAGCGUCGCCGUGGCGUACGUGGGGCUGGUAAUUAAGAUUUGCAUCGGCUUCGUCCUCCACAUGAUUCCGUUUCGAAACGCCAUCUAUCACUUUUUGCGCCUCGAUCCGAUGGUGGUGUCGUACCCGAAGCACAUCUUGAUCGUGAUGUGCCCUUCCACGCUCGCGCUUCUCUGCGGGCUGUUCUUCCCUAAAAUUAACACGGUGAUGGGCCUGUCGGGAUCCCUCUGCGGUGGGAUCCUUGGGAUGGUGUUGCCCGCGCUGUAUUUUAUGUACAGUGGAAAGUUCACACGGGGGUCGGUGGGCUUGGCAAGCUUUGUGGGAACCUAUUUGCUCUUGAUAGGUGGCUGCGCGGCGGUCUCGUUUGGCACCGUCACAACCGUCUACAGCACCAUACAGAACUCCUUCGACUAA